UGAAGACGUUGCGAGAACAACCUAUAUAGUUUUCACUUACCAGUUAGUUUUAUUUACUCAUGCUUUUAGUCAAACUUGCGACUGCUUCGGUUCUGGAGAAAGUUUAUUUUCAGUAACUUUGGAACUCUAGUAAUUGAUAAUCAGUCAUGCCACACAUCGAAGUAACGACACCCAGUUCCUCUGCUCAUCUCGUAGGGAAAAGUGCAUCCUGUUCAAAAUUGAUAGCAGAAUCGGACAGUGCAAUUAGUGGUAGUCAUCGGCAGGGCAGAUGCCGGAGAGUGACCACACUCGCAUUAGGUGGUUGUGGACGCAACGACGACGGGAUUCGCAUCGAGGUCACCCUGCACAAACCGCUUCGCUGGCAAGUCACUGCUGCAGAAAGGGCAAGCGUUUCAUCAAGAAAUCGACACUAUGACAGUUGCUCGAGCGAGAGCAUUUCAGAUCUACAGCCAAUCGUGAGCAGCAAGAAACGUGACCCCCGCAGUGACUACUAUCGCCGGAAAAAGUUUCGCAAAUCGGGAAAGCACAGCAGCAACAACAACACUACGACCACCGCAACCAGCACAGAAGAAGAAUAUCUGCAGGAAGAAAACAGCAGCAACCACCUCGAAAAACAUUCCUCCUUCGUCGUGAAAUUAGUAGGAAGGAGACGGCCGGAUGGUGGCGGCGGUGGGACAGCAAUCCCUCCUCCUCCUUCUUCCACUGAGGUCAUGACCUGGUUCAAAGGAUGUGCUUCAGGACCGCCAACACAACAUAGUCACAGCCACCAAGGAGGCCGUAAUAGCAGAUCGGGCAUGGGGGCUGCCGAAUCGAGGAGUAGUCGUGAUGCUCUAGCCAAGUCUCGCAGUCAGUCCAGCUCUGCCCUCUACCAUCCCCCUCCGCCCCCAUCAGGCGCAGGCAACGCUACCACCACCACACCCAUCGGUAAUGCGGUCAGUGCUUCCAUGUGGGAUAUUCCGCAUCAGCACAACCAAUCACCGGCCAAAGUUCGACACCACCACCAUCCCAAGGACAACAAGCGUUGUUGUAACCUUAACAAAAUCGUUGGAGGAAACAACAGCAGAUCAAAAUUGUACGCCGUCUCUUGUCCUGACGUUGCUCAUCAAGCUUUAAUCGCUCACAACCAUCAACACCAAGGCCAUCCACCCGCAACCACUGCGAAUAAGACCCAUCAGUAUCAGAAUAACAUUCCAGAAGAGGCCCUUCACUUUAUUCUCCCGCCACCUGAAGGUUAUCGAACCGUUGUCGUCCCUCCACAUCAUCAUCAAGCGAACUGUCCCCUGAGCAGAGAUUUGCUUUUACAAUCCCACCAGCAUCACUCUUUGACACAGCUUCACCUCAACAAUAGUGGCGUUCCGCAACCCGCUGCUGCCGCGUGUUCCAUGAACGGCCCAAUGUCACUUUCAUAUAGUCACCUUCCUAGCUCAUAUCUUCUUCAGCAACACCCGCUCAUGACGUCGCUUAACCACACCCACCACAGUCACCAUAAUCAUAAUUAUAAUAAUGCGAGUAGAGUUGUACCACCUCCGCCACAGCAGAGUGAACCGGUCAAAGUGCGACACACAGAAUCUGCUCCAGAUCUAGACUCAAUCUUUCCAGCGUUUGUGAUUCCAGAGAAUAUUUUUGAAGUCCAUUUAACCCGGGAUGGACGAGGACUUGGAUUGAGUGUGACAGGGGGUCGUGAUUCGGGUGAAAAAUUUCCUGGUCUUAUCCGAAUUAAGAAGGUUUUCCCUGCUAGCCCAGCCUCAGAAUGUGGUAGGAUUUUAGGAUGGGAUGUGAUUUUACAAGCAAAUGGAACUCCGCUUACAGGCCUUGCCAAUCAUGAGGCCUUAUCAGUCCUAAGGACGACUCCAACAACAACAAUUCUCACUCUGUGUCGCCCACCACCUUACACCCCCGGCUUCUCUGACUCUCCUUCUUCUACCGUUCCGGACCAUCCACAUUUUCCUUACAAUUCAUACAACCCCCAUCAUAAUCAGGAACCACAUUUACCUCAGCAAAAAUCCAAAUCGCUUUCUAGUCUCAAGAUCCCUCAGAACUCCAUCACACCCAACAACUCAAAAUCAGGUCACUUCGGGGAGUUUGAAGUGACACUUGAAAAAGUGUGUGGUUCUCUCGGAUUUACUCUGCGUCAAGAAGAUACGUCUAUUCUAGGUCAUUAUGUCCGUGCCCUUGUGAAGGAACCGGCUCUGUCAGACGGCAGAAUUCAACCAGGAGACAAAAUCAUCUCUGUGAACGGAACGGACCUGUCCGGUUUGAGUCACGGAGACGCCAUCAACUUUCUCCGCCAAUGUGGAUCAUCCGUAACGUUGCGAUUAUGGAGGGACGUCAGCCCCACGCCCGUGUCCCCUUUGUCGCCUUCCGAAUCUGUGAGAGGGUUGAAGCCUAAACCUCUUCGGCAAGAAGCUCUCGACAUGCUUAACGACUUGGCAGUUCGGAAACAAUCUGCAGAAUGGAAGCAUUCUCUUCCCGGCUCCGUUUCAGUCGGUGGGGGUGGCGGUGGCGGACGAUCCUGUGGUCUGCGAACUCACAACAAUAGGUCCACUACAAAUACUGAUGACGGAUCCAACGGACCAGCAACCUUACCACGACGUCGAGGAGUCAACCAGCAUACGACCCCCAUCAUUACUCCGUCACCCGAAGUCCUUUCUGCAGCAUUGUCUCGGUUUGCUUCUCCGAAGGAAACCAACGUUCAACCGCAACCGUCCCAACCGCCAGUACCACCGUUGGAGGACGACGACGAAAGUAGAAGUAGUGGAAGUGGAGAGUCCACACCAAUGUCGAAAAAGGCUGGCCUUGUUGCGGGUGACCCUUACCGUGCUUACACUGACCUGCGUUCAGACUCUAUCGUAUCGGCAAACUCUACUCUGAAUGAGAAUGAGGAGGAUGCUGAAGAUGGGGAACUGAAACAUAGAUGGGCUUCCUUUAAUAAUCGUCACCAUAAUAAUGGGGUCGAUCAGAAUCACACAUCCGAACCCAAUUUCCGUUCUGGUCAACCCAAAUAUCAAUCCGCUAUUCUUCCAUCGACAGCAACAAGCAAAAAUAAAAAGCGUGACGGUACCCAAUUUGGAUCUGGGUUCCGUCUUCCACCAGCCCUAUUUGAACGAGGGGAAGCAGAAACUGAAUCGGGUGCCCUUUCCGACGAAUACCUACAAACUCAACAAAGCUGUGAUGACAGAAAAGGACGAAAGAAAAAGAGCUUGAGCAGCACCACUCCAACCACAACUUCCUCACUUUCUUCGUCGUCAUCCUCAUCUGGUGGGGGAAAGCUAGGAAAUUCUACACUCCUCAAAUGGAAAGGUGUCCUUCUGGAAGAUGACGAGGAUGAUAAACAUGCUUCGGGUGGUUCCGAUCGACAUAAUUAUUUAAGUGUAGACGUUGACUUAGAGAACGGAACAAGACGAAGUCCAGAUGGACGAGAGUUUCGAGAAUGUGAUGUCGAGAUUUCGGCAACUACUCAGGAAAAUGGGGAGCAGAUAUUCACCGUGGAGUUAUCCCGACGUUGGUGCAGUCGACUCGGCUUUAGUCUACAAGGCCGUGAUGGCCACACCCACAUCUCCGCUGUUUAUCCCAAUAGCGUUGCAUCGAAAGAUGGACGUCUUCGCGUUGGAGACGAAUUGGUCAUGGUAAAUGGAGAAACUAUUCGAGAUAUGGACACAUCACAAGUUAUUGACAUGAUGCGCAAAACAAGAGGAAUAAUCAGCAUCACACUUUUAAGAAGAAGCGAAGGAAAUGGCGAUGGCGGAAGUGGGUCUGAAUCAGAAAUGGGACUCAGAUAAAUUACACCUCGACAACAGAAUAAUCAACGGAAUAGAAUGAGAGCUUUGACCCAAUUAAUGCAAUUAAUUUUAAUAUAUAGUUAAGCGUUUCAAAGAAUAAUGAUCAUUAAGAUCUAAAUAAAAUAACUUAUUAAUGGUUGAGCUAUUAUAUAACCGACAUAUACAUGCAAAUAAUGGUAUUACGCUAAUACAUACAUACAUGUGUAAGGUGCAAGCAAACAAAAUAAUUUAGUCAAUCACACCAAUGUUAUUGCAGUCAUGUGAGUUAAAGAAUCUCUAUAUAUUCGCGAUAUAUCGCAAUUUUUAAUUAUUUUAUUUUUUUGUAAAUUUUCUUGAAACGAUUUUGUUUAAGAUCAAUGCAAUGACUGAUUAUAAAAAGCAUUAAAUAAAUUUGUGGACAAAUCAAG